UUUUCCUUUCAACUUUGUUUUUUUUCUUUCUUUCGUCUGUUCUUUUUUACUUCUUGCUCUGCUUUGCCUCAACUGCUAUUACAAAAUAAAGAAUACAUAACCAUCGUCGUAUCGAUCUUGUGCUCGGGCAGUCAUCAUGGAGAAACCACCAGAAGAUAAAAAUGUUGUCAACGAGAAAAAACAUGACGGACCAAGCCAGCAAAACAACAAUGACAACGACGACGCCGCAUCACUUGGAUUUAGAGACGAAGUUGAUCCUUAUACCUUCGAGGCUGAGUAUAAGGUCCGACGGUAAGGGCAACGAACACAACAAGAUGAAAAGAAGAAGAGACUGACGCGACAGUAACGCAUCAAACAAUGGGCUUAUGUCAACACGGAUCAUGGUAUCCAGAAAAGUAGAUCUUCAUGUCAUGCCCGUACUUCUUCUUGCCGAAUUAGUGGCACGCUAUGGGCAUCUGGUCGUAUCCAAUGCUAAAUUAGGUGGUCUUCUGGAAGAUCUCUCCAUGACCGAAGGGCAGUACCGGUGGUGCCUCUCAGCAUAUUAUUUUGCUUUCGUCAUUCUCAAUAUACCCAUUACCAUUCUCUUCCGCAGAUGGCGUCCGUCGCUUUUUCUGACGAUUCUUAUAUUUUCCUGGGGCGUGCUGGGCAUGUCAACUGCCGCGGCUACAGACUUUCCUGGAUUUCUCAUAUGUCGAAUCAUCAUGGGUGCAUCUGAAGCAGUGUAUAGCCCAGUUCAAAAGUACUAUAUCUCGCUCUGGUACAAGAGAAACGAACUCGCUCAACGAGUAGGGUAUACGGCGGUGGUUACGACUCUGGGAGGUGCCUCUGUGGGAUUAAUUGCGUUCGGUGUUAGUCACAUACCUACAAACUCAUUGAAUACCUGGCAAUGGAUGUGUUUAAUAUUUGGUUCACCCGCUAUCGUACUUGCAGUCUAUGCGUUCUUCCAAAUUCCGGACAAGCCAGAAACAGCCAAAUUUCUCAAGGAAGAAGAGCGGGAAUUAGAGAUUAAACGAUUAAAAAUUGAUCAGGGAGCCGCACAUGAUCAUUCGUGGUCCUGGUCUCAAGUUAGAACGGUGCUGACGGACUGGAAGGCAUAUUACUUUGCAGUCCUUUACUGCCUCACCGGCAUCUCUGGAUCAGGCGUAAAGUUGGCACUACCUUCCAUCAUUGACGGUAUGGGAGACUGGCAGCCUGAUGUGUCUCAGGCCUUGACAACCCCACCUUACGUUUUAGCUUGUGUUUUCAUUCUGGUCUCCUCUUAUUACUCAGAUCGAGUGUUUGAAAGAGCAUACUUCUUACUGCUGGCGAAUGCCAUUGCUGUUGUUGCGUUUUUUAUGAUUAUGUUUAUACCCAAUCAGCACGUCUGGCCACGUUAUAUCGGCACCUGUAUCUUAGUAGCAUCCACGCGAAUGGACAAUUCCAUCCGAUCAGCUUGGUACACCAGCAACUUUUCUGGUCUUACUCGUCGUGCGGUUGCCUCCGGAGUUAUCUACACCAUCCAUGCUAUUGGUAAUGCACUCGGUGGCCAGAUUUAUUUCGAUCCACCAAAUUAUCGCAAAGGACAUACCAUUGCCAUUUGUGUUGUCGUUCUCCAAUCAUUUAUGAUUUUGGCUUUACGAAUAAUACUUAAACGGAUCAACAAAAGGCGAGACGCAAUGACGGUAGAAGAAAAGGAGCGCGAGCUUGCUAAAUAUACUGAUCCAGGCCAAAUUGGCGAUAGACAUCCAGACUUUCGUUACGCUUUGUAGCAGCAUCAGCAGUAGUAUCUGUAUACUCCUGUAUUCCAUUUUUCAAUUUCAUUUUCUCGCACACGAAACUAAUAGCCAAUAUAUACUACUACCCCUCCACACCAUCAUUUAUAUUGUAGAUGUUCCAAUUCCUUUCCGUUCAAUUCUUCUUGUAUUCACGAUACCAUAUUUAUUGUUAAUUUUUAAAAAACACGUCCUUGUGAAAAUAUAAUUAAAUAAAUAAUGUGCUCCAUCAACAGCACA